UGGAAACACAAAAUUCACGAUAAAAAAAAGAGAAUGUAGCGACUUUACUCGUGUGGCAAGCUGGCAACACUGACGGGAAGCUGAGGAGAAAAUGGCCGAGACUCGCGAGGCGGUUGUCUAGUCCUUUAAGGUUAAAAUGGAGGAACUACUGUCGUUAAAGUGGAACAAUCAUCGUUCCACAUUUUUACACAUUUUGGGUGUGCUCAGGGAUAAGCAAGCGUACACAGAUGUGACUCUAGCAUGUGAUGGCAAAUUCUACAGUGUGCACAAAUUGGUGCUCUCAACAUGCAGUGAUUAUUUUUGUGCCAUGUUUGACAAAACUGCUUGUAAGAGCCCUGUUAUAGUGUUGAAAGACAUUAAAAGUGAGGACCUGGAGGCCUUGCUAGAUUAUAUGUACCUUGGUGAAGUGAAUGUGAGACAGAGUGACUUGGCGUCUUUGAUAAAGGCGGCAGAAAACCUUAGAAUCAAGGGCCUUGCAGUACCUGAUGAUGAACCUCCUAAGAAAGGUUCUGUCCCUGCCUCUCGGACUGACUCUGGCAGGAGGGAGGGGGGCAGUGGCAGCCCUCCUUCUAAGAGGAAACGUAGAGAUGAGGGUGAGGAUGGAAGGGAAGAUGUAAGACCUCCUGCUCCUUCAACAGGAGGUUUACAUACCCCUCCUCCACCCUCCUCUAGACCAAAGAGUCCCAUUAGCCAGCGAUUAAGUUCCUCCCCUCUUAGAACCUCUCAGGAGUCCCUCAUGCCGGAAGACCGUGAUAGCCGUCCCCUCUCUUCUCCGGCAGAAUCUCCUGUUGCCUCCCAUCUUACACCUCACCAAUCCUCACAACAGUUGCCUCAUCAGUCAUCUCAGUCAUCACAACCUUUGCCUGAUCAGCAUGAAGUCAGUAAUCAAUAUAGGGGGGAGGAGACACCCACAUUCGUCAAGGUAGAAAUGGAGGAGGAGACGGAUGACAUGCAGAGGGAUUCUUACAACAUGAGUGGGGACGGCUAUAAGGAGGAAAACAGUGGGGGUGACCUGGGAGGGGACCUCAGCAAUGACUUGCCGGAAUUUCUUCAGCAGGCAGCUUCUGGUGCCCUUGCUAGUACCUCAGCCUCUUACCACCAUGCCUUUGCUGGACCCUCAGGCUUUCAGCCGGAUGUGUCUGGCUGGCAGGGGGAUAGCCAGUCCUUGCCUGGGAGUUUCUCUGGGCUGGGUUUUCAGCAGCCUUCCUCUCAGGAUAAUCCACCAGGGGGGGAGGGAGGAGGCUCGUAUGGUCGACAGGCGUGGCAGCGGCAACAGGGCAAAGCCGGGCAGAUCCCAGUGGUGGUAGGAGAUCAGCCCCACUCUCCUUCUGACACAUCGGAGACAGCGCCGCCCUCGGGCCAGGUUCAGGAGCCCGUGGCUAUUUGUCAUCUCUGCAGGAAAACUUUCCACGGUCGGUAUCAAAAAUACAACUUGAAGAGACACAUGAGCAUCCACGCGGGUGAGAAGCCCUUCUCAUGCCCCUUCUGCCACCAUCGCACCAACCAGAAGUACAACAUGCAGCAACACCUCCUCGUGUGUCGCCGCCGCCCAGCCCACGAGCAGCCCCCGCCACCCUCCGUCGCUCCUUGGACUCAGAACCCAAACAAUAGUUGCACCUCGUGAGGCUGUGGUGCUUGCGUGUUCUUUUGAUUAAAAACAUACAUAUAUACAUAAAUGAGUACUCUGGUGGGAUCUUGCAGGGCUGGCGACAAAGCCGGUGUCGGUUGUGGUGUGGGGUCACGCACACGGUCAAUAGAGGAGAAAAAAACCUUGUACCGUACCAAGCGCCAAGGUGUGUGAUAAGAAUCUUGGCGUCCUUUAGGUGGCAAGUUCACGGUGACGUGCUGACGGCAAACAGUGAACGUGUAAUUUUUUCUGUAAAGUGUUGAAUAUUUUUAUAUUGCUUGUGAUACGUGGAGAGAGCAGCACAGCGACUCGCUGCAUAACUUUUGUUGAGUUGAUAAUGAGUGAGCUGUGGCUUCCAUCAAUGGCCGCACGAAGAGACCCGCAGGCAAGGCCAACGUGUCUGUAUUGACCUUGGGCAUGACGCACCAAGAGGCUGAUGCUCCACACCACACGCUCGCCAUACUCAGCAUCACUGCCUUGUCUAAUGGACAUACAGACAGAAAGGUGGAUUAGCACCCAUCGUCAGGCCUCGUGUCGUCAGGCACCGUUACGUCAGUAUGUCAGCCUCGUACUGUUGUUGUUGUCAGCAUCUUGCCAAUUUCACAUACGCAUCCUCUGUUCUUCCAUAUAGUUAGUUAUAUACAUAGUUUCUAUGUUAAUGUUAUAGUAGUUAUUGCAGGUUUCCCAUAAAGUUGAUAAUGCCAAUAGUUAUUUUCAUAAGAUUUUGCUUCGAUAUUAUGAAACCUUAUGAUUAUUGCCAUCAUAUCUUGUUUCCCUCUUUGAACGAAACUCGCCAUGUGACACUCUCCAUGUCACCCUUCACCUUAGCGCUUCUGUGUUAUCCUUGAGAUCAGCACUUCCUCACACUGAGCUCAGUAUUCUUUAUCAAGCGGCAUCCUCUCAGACCUGAAGGGACCGUCCUUGAGUGUCUCACUCUCGUUUCGUUCAACUGGCCAUCUUGUCAUCCAUCAUGUAUCUCCUUUUGUAUAUAUGCUGUAAACUUUAUUUUCUAAAUGUGAUGCAGGCGAAGCUGUCAGCUGCUUGUCUGGGUCGUGCCAGCCAGUGGAACACGUCAGCACCAGACAUGUUUGUUGAGUGACGUGAUGACGGUGAGGCGAGGGAUACGAAUGUUCAGGCUCAGCAGCAGCAACAAAGUGUUUGUUGUGUUGACAUGGCUAGUCGGUGUUGUAUUGAGUGUGGAGUGUUGCUCACCUCAAAAGUGUGAAGUGUUGGAGUGUGGCUGAAGCUCGUGUUCUCGCCGACAGGGGCCACCACAACAACAUGGCGGCGGCGGUGAAGGCAGCGACGGCGCGGCGGUCAGGGCGUGUGUUCAGUGCCCCGUGUGUGGACGACAGUUUCAGGGCACCAAGCGAAACUACCUCCUCAACCGACACUUUCAAAUCCACACAGGCGAGAAGCCGUAUCAGUGCCCUCACUGCUCCCACCGAGCCAAUCGUAAGAGUAAUUUAAAAAUGCACAUUGAGUCCCGCCACGGGUCUCAGGCUCUGUUUUACAGAAGGACUCCUGACGACUCCAGUACAUCACAAGACGCCGCUGGCCUCGGGUUUCUCACCGAGUCCCUCGCAAGCCUACAAGACUCUCAGUUUCAGCAGCAAUCCAGCACUGUCCAGAAGGUUGCUGCAGAAAGGCGGGAUUCCACACAAGGGCAUGCGUUUCAUAAAAUGAGCACGAUGGCUCAGGAAACUGGGCCACUUACACGACAAGCAGCACGUGAGAAGGCUGCCCUUAGUGAGCGAGUCCACGAGGACUCCGUGGAUGACAAUCCUUUCAGCCCCUUCACUGAGUUCUUGAAUGUGCGGCAAGAUGUCAUUGCAGAGGAGACUGGCCACGACGGGUACGUUCACCAGCCCUGACCAAGGACCUCGCGGCCGCUGCGGCUUUUCCAGAUCUGACCUUUGGUUCCGACAAACGCUUCUCUGCGUCGCAUUGGGCUUCAGGAGGUUGUCAUCUUGCGCAUGUUGAGGAGCUGUAUGUAAAGUUUAGGCUUCACCAUAACUUUGUGCUGCGUAUGUAGGCUGCGUGGAAACUUUUCUGGCGCGCAGGCUAUAGUUAGGGUGGAAAGAGAAAGGUGCUUCCUUCGAUUUGAUACACAAGUAAUGGAAGUUAACAUUAGUGGCAAGGGUGAAUUGAGCAUGGCGGUGAUCGUGGUGGUGAGGGUGAGGAAGGUAAUCCGCGCAGCCACAAUACACACCAUUUCCACUGCGCUCCCUCUCUGAACUUGGCUGUCGCCGCCUUUGGGUCUGCGGUGGUGGAGAGCUGCGUCCCUCGCGGCGCCCUGGUGGGGACAUCACGAAGUGUUCACCUUCUUUAGGGUAACCCUGAAUUAUGUUGCAUUGAGUAUUUACCUUUAUUUUUUGUUUCCUGAGUGGAAUUGUGAUUUUUUAUCGCAAAAUAUGAUUUUUCAUCGUGUACGUACGUGAAAUGACUACAAACCGAUUAAAUAAAGUCUGAGUUGAUGA